CUUUCGCCUUUGUGUCUGCUGAGCGAAGGGGUGAAGGAGUGAUCGCAGAGGGACAGGAGGAGCAUCUGAAGAAGCUGUGGGAUUUCCUUGGGGAUGCCUGAGGACCUCCACUGACAGGUGACCUCUCCAGUUGUCCGGAUUCAUUCGGUGAAUCUAAAUCUCACCCCCCCUGGAGUUGUGGUGGUAGCUGCAGACCAUGUUCUCCCUGUGGCUGUUCCUGCUGCCCUGCCUGAGCCUCGUCACCCCGGUGCCGGCUGAGAAGGGCCUGGAGUUCCCCCAGUAUGACGGCAAGGACCGGGUUAUCGACAUCAACGACAAGAACUACAAGAAAGCUUUGAAGAAACACAGCAUGCUCUGCCUGUUCUACCAUGACCCCGUCCCAGAGAGCAAGGAGCUGCUGAAACAAUUCCAGAUGACCGAGUUGGUGAUCGAGCUCGUCGCUCAGGUGAUGGAGGAGAAGGAUAUUGGCUUCGGACUAGUCGACUCCCACAAAGACUCAAAGGUGGCAAAGAAACUAGGCUUGGAGGAGCAGGGAAGCCUCUAUGUGUUCAAGGACGACAGGGUGAUUGAAUUUGACGGCCUGCUCUCUGCAAACACCCUGGUGGAGUUCUUGUUGGAUCUCAUGGAGGAGCCGGUGGAGAUCAUAGAAAAUGCUCUGGAGCUGAGAGCCUUCGACAGACUGGAGGAAGACAUCCGUCUGAUCGCUUACUUCAAGAGUGGAAACUCAGAGCAUUUUGAAGCAUUUAAAGAAGCUGCAGAGCAGUUUCAGCCCUACAUUAAAUUCUACGCCACAUUCGAGAAGUCUGUGGCCAAGGAGUUGACUCUUAAGAUGAAUGGGGUGGACUUCUACGAGCCCUUCAUGGAGGAGCCCGUCAACAUCCCGGGGAAGCCUCUCUCUGAGGAGAAGCUGGUGGACUUUAUCACCAAACACAGACGACCGACCCUGCGAAAGCUGCGUGCAGAAGAUAUGUUUGAGACCUGGGAGGAUGAUAUGGAGGGCAUUCACAUCGUGGCCUUUGCAGAGGAGGAGGACCCCGAUGGCUAUGAGUUCUUGGAGAUCCUGAAGGAAGUAGCCAGAGAUAAAACUCACAAUUCUGACCUCAGCAUCAUCUGGAUCGACCCAGAUGACUUCCCACUGCUGAUCCCGUACUGGGAGAAGACCUUCAAGGUGGACCUGUUCAGACCACAGAUCGGAGUCAUCAAUGUCACAGAUGCUGACAGUGUGUGGAUGGAGAUGGAAGAUGAGGAAGACCUGCCCACCGCUGAGGAGCUGGAGGAGUGGAUCGAAGACGUGCUCUCUGGCAAAGUCAACACGGAAGACGAUGAUGGUGAUGAAGAGGAGGAUGAUGACGAUGAUGAUGAUGAUGAUGAUGAUGAGGAAGAUGAUGAUGAGGAUGAUAAUGGGGAGGAAGAUGAUGAUGAUGAUGAUGAUAACAACGUGGAGGAUGAUGACGAUGAUGACGAUGAUGAUGAUGAUGAUGACGACGAUGACGACGAUGAUGACGAUGAUGACGAUGAUGAGUAAAUCAUAGCCUGAGUUGUAAAUGUUACCUCGUCUUCAGUCAGUCUGACUUUAUACCACAAUAACGUUUCAUAAAAAAUUGUACUAUAAUUUACCUGCUGAUGAUCUUAAGGACAUCUUCAUAUUUGAACUCCUUUAAUGCCCUUUUUUGUGACGAUGUAAAUAAACCCGUGAUGGGUUGUGGGUUGUGUGAUUUAAGAUUAAACAUGUGCUGUUUACUUGAACGUCUGCAGCAGCUGUGCCAAUCGACAUUUAAACAGAUAUUACUGUUCAUGAAAACGUGUUGAUGUCAAGAGCACAGUCCAACAGUUGUGUAAAAUAAAACUUGUAUUAAAAACAUUGUAUAAAACAAA